ACAUUAAUGAAAAAUACAAUAAAUCAACGCUGUAUUAUUAUUCUAUACUUUCUUGAGAAAAAAAAACAGUAAAAACGCACACAAACAAGAAAAAUAGCCCCACAUUCAUUACUACUACUACAUUGCUCUCUUUAAUUUAUUUGUUGCCGCUAAAUCUGCCGCUUAAUUUGUUGUAUGUAUAUUCUCUUUUGCUAAAUUUAGCUUUUUAGCAACUUUACUUACCUGUCUUUUUCUCUAUUUUGCCCCUUCCCUUACCAUUUCAGAGCUGUUGAUGUCUUCAAUUCUAUUUCUGGAAAUUCUUAGUAUAUACUAAUUUUUGGGUUUUUAGGGGUUGGUUGUUGGCUCAGCUCAGGGCAUUCAUCAUUUGGCUACUUUUUUUGGUUUCUCUCCUCUUCUGGGGAGAGAAAAAGUUAGCAUCUUUUUCAGUUUUGGAAUUUUAAACUGCAGGGUAUUUAGGGUCUUCAUUUAAUUAUGAUUAGUUUUUAUGUUAGUUGAUAUUAUUACUGUUCGGUGUUUUGCUGAAUUGUGAGGCUUUUAAUCACUAGAAGAAAGAUUUUAUUUUUGUUAUACAAGAAAAAGAAAUGGGGUGUUUUUCUUGUAUAACUCCUCACCGGAAUGAUACUAAAAUCGACAUUGAAAAUGACCCUCGAUCUGCUUCUCACCAUUCUACUGAUUCCUCUGGUAUAGGUAGCAAGAAGGGAAAAUGGAAUUCUAAUGGUAGUAAGAAAGUGAUGAAUGGUAAGGACAACGGCCAGGACAGCGGAGCGCAGAGUUUCACAUUUCGAGAGCUUGCUGCUGCAACCAACAAUUUUAGAGAUGUAAAUUUGAUUGGAGAGGGAGGUUUUGGAAAAGUUUUUAAAGGCAGGUUAGAUUCUGGCCAGGUUGUCGCUGUGAAGCAACUUAAUCAAGAUGGUGUUCAAGGGAAUCAAGAAUUUAUAGUGGAGGUUCUCAUGUUGAGUCUGUUGCAUCAUUCUAACCUUGUUACCUUGAUUGGGUACUGUACUUCGGGUGAUCAGAGACUAUUGGUUUAUGAAUACAUGCCCAAGGGUAGUCUUGAAGACCAUCUUUUUGAUCUGGAUCCUGAUAAAGAGGCAUUGAAUUGGAGCACUCGGAUGAAGAUUGCUGUUGGUGCUGCUCGGGGCCUUGAAUACCUACACUGCAAAGCAGAUCCACCUGUUAUAUAUCGUGAUCUAAAAUCUGCAAAUAUUUUGCUAGAUAAUGACUUCAAUCCAAAACUGUCAGAUUUUGGUCUUGCAAAAUUGGGACCGGUUGGUGAAAACACACAUGUUUCAACCAGAGUUAUGGGAACUUAUGGAUAUUGUGCCCCAGAAUAUGCCAUGAGUGGGAAAUUGACUCUUAAAUCUGAUAUUUACAGCUUUGGUGUUGUGAUGUUGGAGAUAAUCACUGGCAGAAAGGCAAUAGAUCGCGCUAAGAGGCCUGGAGAGCAGACCCUAGUUGCUUGGGCUAGCCAAUUUCUGAAAGACCAGAAGAAGUUUUUUCAAUUGGUUGAUCCUCUGUUGCAAGGACGCUACCCACGCCGCUGUUUGAACUAUGCAAUUGCCAUAACUGCAAUGUGUCUUCAUGAGGAAGCAAAUUUCCGUCCACUUAUCGGUGAUAUAGUAGUUGCCCUUGAAUAUUUGGCCUCCCAGUGUCAUGUCUCAGAAUCUAAUAGCAGGCAGGUAAAAAGCGCCAUUUCAACAACAAACAGGGAUCCUGUAACUCAAGAAGUAAUGUCUAGGAGUACAACACUUUAAAUGUUAUCAGGCAGAAGCUUUUGGUGAACCCUCCGAUUACUGUAACUGUAAGUGAAACUGUGAAAGCUUAAAUUAUGAGCAGUUUUACUACGGGUUAAGAAUCUAAAAUGAGAGAAUUUUUCACCGGAAAUGGAAAAUUCUCUUAUUUAUGUAUUUUAAUUCAAAGUUUAGACACUUUUUUUGGUUAAUGGAUAGCUUUAUUUUUUUUCUUGUCGUGGUAAAUUCUCAUUGCGGAAUUGCUUGUUAAUACCAUUGCGUCCUCUGUGUCGAAAAGAAGAUCCUGGUUUUCGUUAUGCUUAUAUGCGUUGUAGGGAUUUCAGAAUACUUGGAUGUAAAGUUAUCUCUGUAAGCUUCACUUUUUGUAAAAUAAUUAUGGUGAGUAGUAGAAAAUUUCAGAAUA